UUCUGGCCCCCUUCUCCUCCUCCUAGCACUGAUUGGAGGGCUACGUGAACCGCGUGCAGCUAAAAAAAAAACGGAAAAGAGAGCGCGCGCGGCGGGUAACCGCGAGUUUGAAGAGCAACUCAGGUGUUUUCAGAAUGAGCUCCUCGGCUGAUCUGGAGCAGCUGGCAGAAAUCGAGCUGCAGAAGGAGGAGGAGGGCAGUUGUGUCACAGACGGUCCAUCAGCUCCUCCAGUCAGCACACCAAGUCUCGACCCCUCCCACCCGUAUUACGACGUGGCUCGACACGGCAUCAUCCAGGUUUCGGGGGACGACCACUACGGCAGGAAGCUGAUUGUCUUUAGCAGCUGCUGCCUACCACCUUCGCACCAGCUGAAUCACCGCCGCCUGCUCGAGUACCUGAAGUUCACACUGGACCAGUACGUGGAGAUGGACUACAUCCUGGUGUACUUUCACUAUGGCCUGAGGAGCAGCAACAAGCCGUCUCUCAAGUGGCUACGAGAGGCUUACAGCGAGUUCGACAGGAAGUACAAGAAGAACCUGAAGGCUCUGUACGUUGUCCAUCCCACCAACUUCAUCCGAAUCGUCUGGAACCUUUUCAAACCUCUGAUCAGUCACAAGUUUGGGAGGAAGCUGACGUAUGUGAACUACUUGGCUGAGCUUCAGGAACACCUGAACUACGAGCAGCUCUUCAUCCCUCUAGAAGUGCUCAGACAUGACGAGGAGCUGCGAGCGACUCAGAAAGGAGGACCCCCGCCCUCUGUGAAAACACCCCCGCCCCGGCCCCCCCUGCCCACCCAGCAGUUCGGCGUUAGUCUGCAGUACAUCAGAGAGAAGAACCGAGAGGCCGUCAUCCCACCUGUGAUGACCCAGACUGUCACAUACCUGAAGGAGAAAGGUCUGAGGACUGAGGGGCUCUUCAGGCGAUCGGCUCGGGUUCAGCUCAUUAAGGAAGUACAGAAACUCUACAACCUGGGGAAGCCGGUGAACUUCGAGCAGAUAGGAGAUGUGCACGUUCCUGCCGUGAUCCUGAAGACAUUCCUCAGAGAGCUUCCUGAGCCAUUGCUCACCUUCCGGGUCUACAGCCAGGUCCAGGAGCUGCUCCAUGUGGAGAGCAGUCUGCGGGUGACCCGAUGCAAACAGAUCGUCGAGAGUCUACCUGAACAUAAUUUCAUUGUGGCAAAGUACCUGCUGUGCUUCCUGCACCAGGUAUCUCAGGAAAGCAUCAUAAACAAGAUGUCUCCAUCUAACUUGGCGUGUGUUUUUGGCGUGAACCUGGUCUGGCCUCGUCACGGCUCCAUCUCCCUGACCGCUUUGACCCCUAUCAACAUCUUCGCUGAGCUCCUCAUCGAGCACGUCCACACAGUGUUCGGCUCCCGCUGCCCACCUGCACAGGUGAUGCCCUGAAGGACGGCGGCAACUGUUUUUUUUUUUUUUGGUUUUUUUUUAACUCUUAUCGUUUUUAAAAAGGUCAAAUGCAAGGUGAACCUCCAAGCAUGAACCUUCACGUUUGGACUCAUGAUGGUGACGUUACUGGUUUUAUUUAUAGUUUAAGUGUUUCAUCUUUAAUGAAGUAAUAACACUGGAGGUGAUCUGAUUGGACGAGAAGCUGGAAUCCGUUUCCAUGUUUGUGGUAUUUUGUGUUUCUGUCGAGUGCAGACCGCCAAAUGUAAAAACUGAUUGCAGUAAGUUUUGUUUUUGUAACAACCUCAAACCCUCAGAGCGCCGUCUUCAUCAGGUUUGUACAAACAGAAUGUUUUCCUGACAGAAGACACCCAGAGGUUUAUCUUUUAAAUGUACCUUUAUAUGUGAUAAAUUCUCUGCUUUCACCUGUUUUUGUUUAGAUUUUUUUUUCACUGUUGGACUUCACGCGUUAUUGGAGAAAAACGGUUGGUUGAUGCUGAGCAGCUUCGUCCAAGAAGUGUAUGUUCAUUAGCCAAUGAGCAUGCAGGUACACGGUCAGCUUGCCCCAUUUUCUGUCCCCAAUUUAAAUUCAGCCGAUCUCACCUUCAGCCUCUCCUGAGGUCACUUUACCUGUAACUGCUCAAACUGAGCACGCUCUUAUUUCAUUGUGAGCCUCAAAUUCAGAAAGUUCUGCUUCACACUGAGCAGAAAUCAGAAUCCUCAUCUACAAUUGAGUAAAAUCCGAGCCUGAGGAGACCCGUGCGCAGGUGAGUUCAGGUUCAGCCCUCAGCUUUCUGGUGUGAAGGUGAUUCAUUCCUGCUCUGAACCACGUUUUCUUCAGAUAAGAGGUGAACGUGAACCUUCAGGUGGUCUGAGAGCUGGAGGAGGACCACCAAAGCAAAAUCCUCAUCAGUGAGUCAGCUGCUAGGAAACACAAGGGCUGGACUUU